AUGAACCUUGUCCUGAUCCCUUUUACAUUUUCUAACAUUGUUGAAAUAUUAACUAGGCGUGUUAAUUUUUUAAACAGGUCUAUGUCAGCUUCAUACUUACCAGAUCUUUUUUCAAUAUCUUUGUUUUAUACAUAUAUACGAAUAGUAAUUGUUUCACUAUUUAUUUUUGUUGUUGCGUAUAAAAUGAAUACAUUUUAUGAAUUCUAUACAAUAUUACCAUAUGAGAGUUUUUUACUGUCAACAUAUCAUUUAACAUAUCUCUGUGGCGUUAGCGCUUCAUUGCCGGUAAAAGAGCGAUUCACAGGACCGCAUGAGUCUCCUGAAAAAGGGCAUCACUUAGACGAGUUGUUAGGUAGUCAUAAUCUACAAGGACGAGAAGAAGUGGAAGCCGAUACAGGAAUCAACGAAGGUAGACCGGAAGUACUCAUAAACACUUACAUGCGGUCGGGAUCCUCAUUUGUUGGUCGUCUGCUCGGCUUCCGUUCUGACACAUUCUAUGUGUACGAGCCUCUCUGGGGGAUGGACAAGGACUUUUACUUCCGGGAUAUGAAUACGAGGUGUAGCACUUAUACACCAGGUUGUAGGCAAGGUACAGCGAAUCCUGCGGUUCAGGCAUUAGAGCAGAUUUACACAUGUAGUUUAGGAAGCCCUCCGUUUUCUAACAUAUUCCGGGAAAAUAUCAACGCAAAACUGUCAGGGUUCAAAUGGAAUACGUACAGAGCAUGCAGGAAGUCAAGCCACUCUGAAUCACAAUGCCUGAAGGAAAUGAGUACCAAUGAAUGUACAAACAGUUCGUUCAUCACGACCAAGGUUCUAAGAUUAUCAACACAAAUCAUUGACAAAAUGCUUUACGAAAGGCCAAAUUUGAAAGUAGUUCAGCUUUACCGGGAUCCUAGAGCUAUAAUUGCCUCACACAUUGAGAGACCAUGGUCGCCCAUUACUGCCAACCAAAGAAACCCUCCAAUCCACGACCAAGAGUUGGUGAGAGAUACAAUCUUGUUCAAUACAAAUUCAUUCUCUACCGAGUCCGUGACGACAGCUAGUGUCGCAUCCAACAGCAAGCAGAUAUCCCUUGCGGUGUGCCAGUCCACAGCGUUCUGCGCAAAGUAA